GUUGGCCUUGCAUCGCUUCCGCGAGACACGUUUGAAUUAAAUGACAAAAGUUUUGAAUUUUGUUUUAGAAGAAUCGGCACAAUCUUCCUUUGGAUUAUCGCGUUGCUAAGCAACUGUCUGGGGGUUGGGCUGCUAAUCAUUUUGUAAUCAUGGUAAAAACAUAUGAAUAUUUGUCAUAAUCAGUUUUGAUAAAGCAUACAAUUUAGCUUUGUUCUUGAGCUGAUUUUUAUUGGUGUUUACAAAGCAAUCGAAGAAAGAAGAGGUGCGUCUCUUACUUUCUUUUGUUGAAUCUGUGUAUUAAUCACUUGUGCUCUUAUCAUGGGGAACAAAAAAGAAGUUAUAGUGGUUACUGGUUCCAGUGGAUGUUUAGGUCAACAUGUAGUAAAGCUUCUGCAAGAACGUGAUGAAAAUGUCAGUGAAAUAAGAUUGUUUGACAGGAAACCAUAUCAAAAUAAACUAGGUCAUUCUGAAAAAAUCCCAAUGAAGCAUUAUGUAGCUGAUAUUCGGAAUAUGGAUUCAGUAUUGGAAGCAUUAUCAGGUGCUGACUGUGUUAUUCAUGCUGCUUGUGUUAUUGAUAUUGGUUUGUUUCCUGAUGCUAAAGAAAUGGAGUCUACAAAUAUUGAUGGAACUGCUAACAUCAUUGAAGGAUGUAUACAACAGAACGUUUCACGUCUGGUAUUUGCUAGUACCACUGAUAUGGUGUGUGGUACUGAACACAUAUUUUAUGGAACUGAAAGUACUACACCCAUACCUACUUCUUUUAUGAUUGGUAAAUAUGGGGAAACAAAAUGCAAAAGUGAAGCUCUGGUGCUAAAAGCUAGUGGAACACUGCUGGCCAAUGGUAAUAAAUUACGUACUGCGGCUGUUCGCCCAACUCCUUUCUUUGGUGAAGAAGACAAGCAGUUCUUUUAUCGAGCAAUGCAAUACACUAAGAAGCAUAAUGGUUAUUAUCGCAGAAUUAGAAGUUUGGAUGAAAGACUGCAAAUUUGCUAUGUCGGUAAUGCAGCAUGGGCACAUAUCAAAGCUAAAGACUGUCUUGCAGUAGAUGAAUCUAUUUCAGGCGAAGCUUUCUUCAUAACUGAUGAUAUGGAUGUGAUUGAUAUUCAUGAACAUAUGCAACCAUACUUAGAAUCAAGAGGCUUUACAAUUAGCAAUUAUGUUUUUCCUUACUGGCUUGCCUGGAUAAUAUUGACUUUUACUACCUUGAUUGUGUAUUUUAUCAACAUUUUUGUUAAAUUUAGGCCUGAUAUACCUUCUGUUGCACAACUGAAUUAUAUGUGUUCUACGUUUUUCUACAAUCGUAGCAAAGCUACCCUUCGUCUGGAUUAUCAACCUAUUUACACUCCAGAAGAGGCUAAAGAAAAUUCCAUGAAAUAUUACUCCAAAGUUCCACUCUAAGUUGCUUAAUAUUAAUCUUCAUCUAACCUCAAUAUUUUUGAAACCUAAAGGUCAAGCUCUUUACUUAGUAUUAGCAUUUGGCAUAUAUUUUUAAAGAUAAAAUAUAGGAAAGUUACAUAUCUUUAUGCAUCUUAAAGUUAUAAUAAUAAAACUGUUUGCUUUUGAUUAUGCAGUUAAAAUAUAUGUGUUUAUAGAAUGCUUUUAAAUUACCUAAUUAACUAAUACAUUAAAUUUUCCUAAAAUAAGCAUUUGAUUCAAAGUUAUAAUUUAAACUAUUCAUUUAAUUUCUAUUACAAAUUAUAUUUUUGUUAUAAUUGUGAACAUCAUAUAAAAUCAUCAGCAGUUAGGUAGUCAAAAAGUUGAAAAGCUUAGUAUAUUUUCUGUAAACCCAUUAUCAAACCAAAUGCCAUGAUCACAUCACUUUCUAAAUGCCCAUGUAUGUGUUAUUAUUCAUUAUAAAUGUCCAUUUGUGUACUGUAAAUGACUUCAUUAUAUUUGUAUUUGAGUUAAAAAGUUUAUAAAUUGCUGCAGUUAUUGAAGCAUUUGUGCACUUCAUUUUAAAGGUUUUUGCAUGAAUUGUAUAUCCAGUUAAGAAGUUAAGUUAACGUAUCUUGUUGAGUAGUUUUUUCACGUUAAUACUUUAAUAACACUUUAGUAUCACUUUAAUAACAUAGUCUUACUUUCAUUUUGAUAGAUUUUAUUUCAGAUGUUGAAAAUUGUGUGCUUCAAUGCUCUAAUAUUUAACUUUAAAGUAAUUUUCUAUGUGCUUUUUGUUUUUUACCAAUGAUACUUUAUUUUGCAUGUUUUCUGAUAAAAAAAAUUUCAGAAAUUAUACAUAUACUGUCACAGCAAAUUUUUUUUUUUUUUUUUUAAUGAUAUACCUUGUGUAAUAUUUCAGUUUUUUUGGAAAUGAAAUGUCUUCAUUCAAACUCUCCAUAGAAAUUUUUUUAAAACAAAUUUGUACCUAAAAUAUAUUUCAUUUGAAUAUUAAUAUGAUUGAUGUUUCAGUUCGUAAUCCUGAAAUAUGUGGCAAUUUUUUGAGAUUUUGCUAAUUUUACAAAAUUUAUGAUCAAUAUUUAUUGCAUAGAUAUGUUAUGCUAUGCAUGAACGUUAAUAAACAUUGACAUGUUUGAAAAAAUAAAUAAAGACGCAAACUUGUGAAAUAAUCGGAGACAUGUUUUGUGAGUUUGCAUCUUUUUUCCAUUGAAAAGCGGGUUUAUACUUUUGUUGAUGUAGUUUGUUGUUUAUUAAUUCAUUCUGAAUUUAUUGUAAAAUGCUGUUAAGCAAUAUUUUAUUGAAAUAAUUUGUAAGUUGCCUUGUAACUUUUAUAGCUGUAAUUUAAUUUUGAUAAAUAAUUUCAAUGCUGUUAAAAGUUUUUUCAAGAUUUUAACAGCAGAUGAAAUUUUGGCUCAAAAUGUAGUUAUUAUGGGUGCUAUAAAAUGUUUUAGUCUUGCACUAUCACAAAAUAACCAAAUUCUGUUGUAUCAUGUGGUUAAACUUAUAUAAUUUUUUGUAUGUAUUUCUUAUUUAGUAGAAGCUUUUCUGUGUGUAAAUCAUGAGUAAAAAUAUCAAAUGACAACCUUUUUUCGUAAUGAAUUUGUUUUUCUUAGAAAUUCAAGAGAAACGGUUUAAAAUAAUUGUCUUUAUAUUCUGCAGCAAUCCAACAUAAUUUAUCUUUUAUAAAAAGGAUUUUUUUUUAAUUUUAUUUCUACUUGCAGUAUGAUCAAGUAACUUUUUCCCAAAUGAAAAUUUUAGACUAAGUUGGGGCAGGGCUUACUUGGUAGCAUAUGUAAUGGUCUGAUCAGUUGCUUAAUAAAAUUUUAAAUGCUGUUAAGCUAUGAUUGCUCCAAUUAAAGACACCCAUAAUAGCACAAUGAGUAAACUAGGACCCUUAGGUAAAGGUCAGUUGAACUUAUGUCUCAGUUUGAGAUACAAACCUUUUUCAAAAUGCUGUUUAUGUAUUUGCAUAACAUUUGUUUCUUUGCCUGAUUUUGUUCUUCAUGCUAUUUUUAGAUAUGAAACGUGUAAAUUUUACUUUGGUGCCAUGUUGUUAUGUUUUUGUAAUAAGUUUCUUUUUAAAUAAUUAUCUUAAUUCUGCUUACAACUGAAGCUUCCUCUCUGUUUAUUUUGCUUUCUAAUUGUAUGAAGUGCCUUUAAAGGAAGCUUUUAAGUGCUUUUGUAUGUGCCUUCUAUUCUCAGUGGAGUUUUGCUUUGUAGUUUAACUGCAGAUAUAGUGCCUAUGACGUUUUAAGAAGUAGUUUAAAAUAGUUUUUAACUUUUAAGUUUAAAGCAUAUCAAAUUGAAAAAUAUUUCUCAUAUUUGAUAUUCUAUUAUUAUUUUCUUCUUCCAAACAAAAUACUAAUAAUUUGUUUCUGAUUUCAUGGUUUCUGUAUUUAACAGCUUUCUUUGUAUUAUUCACAAAUAUAUAUAUAUAUAUAUAUAUGUAUAAAUAUAUUUUUUACCAUUUUUUUUCAUGAGGCUCUGUGGAAAAAUUGCAUAUUAUAAAAUAACAUGCAUGUUAAUAAAAUUGCCUGUUAUAUCAACCAGGUAUCCAAGAGCUUGUUUACAUUUGCAAAGAAAACCAGGUUAUUGUUUGAAUUUUUGAAACAUGAUUUAAAAAAAAAAAAUCUUCUUUCAACUUAUUCCUUACUAAAUGGAAAGUAGGCUAGUUCAAAGGUGAUAUGGACCAUUGCAAGUUACAAUUUAUCUUAUUGAAUUCCCUACUCCCUUCACUCAGUCGGCCAUUGCACUUGCUUUGUCAGUGAGCUUAUAAAUGCUAAAGAUGAAUAUCUGUAAAUUAUCUUCCAAAAUAUACUUACAAGAGAGUUUUAUGUCAAUUUUAUACAAAAAUUUUAAAAUCUGAAUUUAAUUUCUGGCAUGUCUAUGUUUAAAUAACAUGUUCUGUAUAUAUGCUUGAUAAUAGUACUCAAAUUGAGAAUCGUUUUACUGCUAAGAAAAACCUGAAAAGAAAGCUUUAUAUGUAUAUAUAUGUAUUAUUUUGUUAUAAAAUUAAUAUCUUUGAGCUUAAAUAUUUAUUAAAUGUUUUACCAAUCAAAAUGUUAGUUAUUACAUUUAUUACAGUACUAUUGUAUCACAGUUAGGAUGUGUCUAAUAUCAUGUGAAUGGUUCCCAUGUAAAGUGAGAUUGUUUCUGAAAAAACAAACACAUACUUUGGAAACUAUAUAUAUAUAGAGAGAGAGAGAGAUGGGUGGGGGGGAUGAGAGGAGGAGGUGUAAAAACAGGCACCAUCAUUUCAAAUCUUUCUGGAAGGGGGGGGGGAUUGUAUUAAACCCUCCUGGCUACCCUAAAUGAUUGACCCAAUGAGCAUUCUUCUUCAGGGGUUUUGGAAGAUGCUGAAGACUGUGGACCAGUUUUGCAGACCAUGCCAUUUAUUGAUACAAGAUUCCGGAGGACACUUUGAACCUUAGUUUCUAGUCAAUGCCGAUGCAGCUUGGGGUAAUGUGCUAAAGCUUGACAACAGAGAGAUGGCAGACGAACUUGAUGCUAAAACAUGAUUUUUAUCUUUUGUUAUAGGUAGAAUCAGCCUGAAAACAAGAAGUAAAAAGAGACGUGUUCUUGCUGAUCCUAUCCAUUACAAAAUAGUAACAAACAAUUACAGAUGUUUUUUCAGCUUCAAGGUCAUCUGCCAUCUCUCCAUGGUCAAACUAUAACUGGUGUUUGAUCUGAACUGUAAACUUUUACCAGGUACCUAAAGUCAUAUUAUUUUCAUGUACUUAUUGGUAUUUAAAAUUAAUUUAAAUGAUGUUUGUAAAUUGGAGGUCCUAAACUAUUUCAGAUGCAUGUUUUUAGGUUACAGGUGAUAGUGGAUAUCUUAAGUGGAGUUGGUGUAAAUAUGGGCUCUUAUUUAACUGAAUGCAGAAAAUAACAAUAUUCCCAGGGAAUUUCAAAUGCAGUUACUCCACCCAACAUGCCUUUUAUCCUCAACAUCAAAAACCAAACCACUGGUGGAAACAGAACAGCAAGGUACAACCUCCUCACUGGGUCACCAUACAAAGAUUGGUUGACUAAUGCACUUGCCAAAAGUGUUCUGCACCCUUGAGCUUUUUUCAGACAAGAGACGGAGCAGGGAGCGGGGGUAAAAAGCUCCCCCCCCCCCCAUUCUAAAAAAAAAUUCUUUGUGCAACUAUCAUACUCCCAUUGUGAAACAGUGACAAUGGGUGCGUUCAUAAAGUUUAACACGUUUAACGAGUGAAGCGAGUUAACCGAACGAGGCGUUCAAAAAGAGAACGUGUCAGCUAACUGGUCGUUCAGAAAGUAACUCGGUUAGUUUUGUGAAGCGAAAUUCUUAACAAAGCUCACAAAGGAAAGAGGUGGUUUGCUCAGUUAGAAAACAUGGUGGCUCCCAGUGCAUGCAAUGUUUGUUUUAAAUUCGAUAUAUGUGCGGUUUAUAAUGAGUUUAUUAUUGAGCAUAUGAAAUCUUGUAGCGAUAAAACAUCAGGGUUUGUAGGGUUGAGAAAAUUUCAGUAAAAGAAAUCGAAAUAAAUACUUCAUACUUUAAUUAUUCAUUUGCUCUAGACAACUAUGACAGAAAACAAUAAUAAUAAUGCAUUUUGAAUUUUACUAGCCUUUACCGAUGCAUUGUACUUUACUUUUAGUCAAAUAAUUUAAAUACACCUUUGCCUAUCACUUCUUAACAGGGGGAAAAUGUGUCGGAGAUCGGAAAUUUUAAAUCAAAACACAUUUUGCAUUUUCCUAUAACUCAUCCAGAAAUAAUUCAAAAUACCUGGUUUAAGUCAGGUCAUAUCUGAUUUUAUAAAAGUUAGUAGAUUUAUAGUGAUAUGUUUUCUAUCCAAAAAGAGUCGGCGUGACUUUUCUGCAUAUACCGGGGAUAUAUCAAUUUAAGAGUAAACUAAAGACUGUUUUCUAUAAUUUUUUUAAAGAUAUUUUUAGAAAUUAACAAUAUUUGCAAACAGUAGGGCAGAAUUUAGAAUGUGUGGGAACAUAUUUUUUUUUUUUAAGUAUUAUCUGUUGUUCUGUGCUAGGAAACAAUGAUGGAAUCUAAAAAAUUAUCUUAAGAUGAAAUUUAGUUAAAAGGAAUCUGAAAAAUUGUUGUCCUCCUUUUACUUUAUUCAAAAGAAGAAUCCUCUAGUCUUUUUUUCAUCACUAACUUCUAAAUACAUAUCCUCCGAAAAAGCAAUGAUCUGUGCCGUCUGCUAACCUAACGCCCGCCAUCUUUAAUUUUAACUGAUCGUUCAAAAAGUGAACACGGGUAACGAAAAACCGAAGAGUUGUCGUUCGUUAAGCCAGUGAGUUUCGUUAGACUUUUUGAACGCAGCCAAUGAUAUUAGCCUGUAUACAGCAAUUGUUAUAAACCGAAAUUGAAUGGUGCAAAUACUCUUGCAUUUUUAUAAUGUUUUAUCUAGUUUAAAAACGUUUCAAACCUUUUUUUCUUUGUAAGAUUUUUGGAGUUACAACCCAUUUUUUUAGAUACAUGAUUAUUAGCUUAUGUAUAAUUUCAUUUUCAGCUUGAAAUAAUUAAAAUUUUUGCCUCCUCUUGUUUAUUACACUUGUCAUCGCAGUUAAUAAAGGUCAAAAACCUGAAAAUUUUCAAAAGUAAAUUAACUUAGUCAAACUAAUAAUUUUUACUGUGUUGAACUUAGUGGUAAUUAAAUCGUAAAGAGAAAGGGAUACCCAUGUUUAAACCUUUCACCCUCUCUCUCUAUAUAUAUAUAAAAUAGGUGAGAAUCUUUGAUAGGUUGAGCAUUUAAAUGGUGGAUUCAGUUUCUCUGUGAUAAAACUAGUAUCCAUUUUGCAUUCCUGUAUCUCAUAUACUCUAAAAUAAGACUUCUCAACUUGUGUCAGUCCCAUGGACCAGUAAAAGUUGAAGGUUGUUGGGUUUUUUUCCCUUCUAUUUACAAAAAAAAAAAAAAAAAUUCUUGAUCAGGUUUGAAGAAGUUUUACUUACAUUAAUUGUAACAUUUUUAUUAUGUUUUGCCCUAUUGAAAUUAUUUUUUUUUUAUAGUUACCAUCCAUAAGUAAAUAAACCUUUGAGAUAAGCCACGGAAAAUAAGAAGUUGUCACAUAAUUAUUGUAUAUAAAUAUGUUGUAAAGAAAUUGUUUUUACCGUAGGAUAAGUAAAAAUCUUUGAGAACUGGUAAAUUUUCAGACCAGUGCCGGUCCACUGGCCCAGUCAUAGAGGAGAAUAUCUGCUGUAAAAGACUUAAAAAGUAUUCAAGCCUUGAAGUUAAAAGAAAUGAGGACUAUAACUGACAGGAUUGCAACUUUGAAAUCUUCCACUUAAGUGGGAUUUUGUUUUUUUUUAAUUUUAUAUUAAUUUUAAAUUUGUAUUGUUUGUUAUUGUUUAAAUUUUUUUUAUGAAAAAAUGAAAAGUGAAGGCAACUGCACAUUAUUAUUUCAACUGUAGCAUUCAACUUUUAAAUUCAUUCCAUUAAGUAAGCGUUAUCUCUCCAUUAAUUAUAUAUUUGCUAAUGUACUGUUUUGUUUUUUCUUCUUUGUAUAGUUCAGUUUUGGUUAUUUUUAUAUUCAUGGAUUUUCAAAUAAAAACUG